CUGCAGAUGAGCACCUUUACCAUCUCGCCCCUCCGUCCAUUCCUCGACCGCCCGCUCUCCUUUACCGAAUCUACCCUCGCCGUCUAUCGAUGUUGGAUUCCCACAAACUUCUCUCGCCGAGCCUGUGGACAACGACUGGACGAAGAGUGCUGUACUGCUAGCAUUGCCACAUCGAGUGGCAUGCUAGAGCGCGCUACGGCAUGCCUCAAACCCGGAGUCGCUCGCGAGUCCUUCAAAUGCACUUCGGGCGCGCCGAGGAGCCGACGCAUGCUUCAUUCGAGCUUCUGGGAGCACGCAGCGCAAGAUCUCGACCUUCCACCUUGGGCUCUCUGGGGACAUCGCGUGCCUUCUGGUCUGCCGUUGGGAAGAGGCGAUAGCGAUAGGGGAACGGGAAGGAAGAGCCAGAACAGAAAGAGCGAUACGACAACGGAAGGGGUGUUUUUGGAUUUCUUGUACCCGCCGCAAGCUCUUGCGGUGCUACAGCGUGCGAAUGGACAGCAAUGGCAACGAUGGGAGAGACGUAAUGCUAGGCGGUUACCAGAAGGCUUCGUCGUGGCGUCGCGAGGGUAUGCAUCCAGGCCUCGUUUGCGGAAUAGCCGAACAGAAGAGAGCGAUGGCGUGGUGACGGGUCGCGAAACAUCGAGAACCGCAGACGAUGAGGGAGGCGCACGCUACAAGCCGUUCUCAGGCACAGUCAACGAUGAACCGCCUGUCAAGAGACGACAAGAUCCUGAAAGAUUGCGGGAUCUAGAGAUACUACGAGGUCCACUUGCGAAAAGGGAGCCUUCAACAGCGGAUUCGUUCGCCGCCACACCCUCGGAUUUGAUGGAAAGCGAAUUGGCUUCUCAGACGUCUGGAGCCACUGGUGUUGAAGGUCUUCGCCAUGUCAUGCUUCUCAGCAGGACUGGACAGGCGAAGAACAGUGCGGAACUCGUCAAGACAGCCAUCAACAUCUACGACUCCCUCGAUGAAGCCAAUCGCGACGAUGUCCGACUACGAAGCGAACUACUCAAAUGGCUCAGUGUGCAACGCCAGCUGACGGCAAAGCGGAAAUGCAUUGCCUUGUAUGCGAAGCUUUCUCCAGAGCACCGGACACUGGACAUCUAUCGAGCCGUGGCAUCUGCCCGUCUUGCCCAAAACCAGGACUCUGCUGUGCCCAAAAUCCAUCGAGAGGCUCUGCGGAAUGUUGAGAAUGGUGACCAGCUAUCGUGGUCGUUCUUCGCUUACGCCGUCGACAAGGCCAACUGGUCGAUGGCCAUCGAGACGUGGAAGACUCAUCACGAACACUGUGUCAGCACAGGCGAGGAGCAUCGUCUUGACGUAUUUUGGCUGCAUGUCGCCGAGAUAUCUGAACUCUUCCCCAAGGCAAUCUCGUUUGCUCAGUUCCUUCGGACACCCAACGGAUCACGGGUUCUCGUGGAAGAGGAGACUCGAAAGUUCUGCGCAUCAUUCUUCAAGGAGGCCUUGACCCAGGAGUUUCUGCACGGAAAGGUCGCUCCAUCCAUCAGCACCCGCUCGCCGCUCCACUCUGUUCCCCGAAGAACAAUUCGACGUCUCCUGAGUGAUGUCUCCCGUGCCGAAAGCCAUGCAGCAUCGCUCUUUGGGGACAUCCUCCGGGCAAUACUGCACUCAAAGUCUAAGGCAAAGUACGCGCAGCUUCACCACGUUGUCUCGUUCAUAUAUGCAAAGUACCGAAAGAUGCCAGACGCUCUCCUCCCGGAGGACACCUUCAAGAUGUGGCUUGACCGAUUGACGGAAUAUGCCGACAGUGGAAUUGAGGCUCGGAUGAAGACCGCCAAUGUUUCGAUUAAAAGCCUCGUCAAGGAAUGGGAGAGAUGCUACGUGCGGGUUGACAGAGGUGGCAUCAAACGUCUCAUGAUGUAUUAUGCGAAACGAGGACUCAUCAAGCCAUACGAGAAGUGGCUUGCCUAUCUCCGCGAACACCAUCCCGAGUAUUCCGAGCAGAAAAGUGCGCUGUGGACGAUGAUUUGGGUGCAUGCGAACCGCGCCGAUCUGGAUCGGGCGCAGCAAGCAUUUGCCGAAGUCAGCAGGGCUGCCGCGGAGCACGGAGAGGAACCCGAUACGAAGUGCUGGAACAUGCUACUACUGGCUCAUGGACGAGCGGACGAUUUGAAGGGCGCUUUGGUCAAUCUUCAGAAUCACAUGCGAAGCGGCGGGCGAAUCCCGGAUGCCUAUGCCGUCAAUACCGUGUUGUGGUUGCUAGCCCGCCGCGGCGAUGUGGCGGGCAUAGAGGAUCUGUUUCGUCAGUACGACCGUCUCUCGGGGCGUGAUCGAGACAUCAAUCAUCUCGGAGCCCUUUUGACCGCGCACAUCAACAACGAUGACAUCAAAGCCGCCGAGGUCGUGCUCUCUGAAAACCUUGCAGGCAUCCGCACGGAUGAAAGCCACGGACCGCUCGUGGGGUUAUUCAACAUUCUGUUGACUGCGUACGCAACCCGUGGUGACCUUGCCUCUUUCGGGCAUAUUCAUCGUUGGAUGGAGCAGGAGAAGAUUCGCCCGAAUGCUAAUUCGUAUGCCGCGAAAAUGCAAGCACUGGUCUUGCUUCGCCGACCGGACGAAGCUUAUGGCAUCCUGAAUCGUGUCCUUCCUCGAGAACAAAUCAAGCCUACCGCCUUCCACUAUGCGAUUCUCAUGGGAGGGUAUGUCCGCAUUCGACAGCCGAGUCGGGCGCUCGAAGUCUACCAGCACAUGAUGGAGCGGCGCGUGGCCUCCACUGCGAGCACAAACAUUGUACUUCUGCAAGCAAAAGCCAUGAUUGAAUAUGACCAGAAUCGACACAAGUUCGACGACGAGACCGCGGCGCUGGAGAACACCAUCAAGCUGCUCAAGACGUUUAUCCGCCAGGAUGCCCUCCUCCCUCCCCGACAUCCCAAGCAGGGCUUGCGCGGCUCUUCCUUUGACCUCGGGGAGGAGAGUCAAGCAGCGCACUUUGACUUUCUGAUUUCUCUGCAUGGUCGGCAAAGAUGCUUCCAGGCGGUGCAUGAGCUGCAGCGGCAGUACCAAAAGACGGUGGAAGAGACGGGCAAAGGGCUUGAUGCUCCCCCGAUUCGAUUCCUGACAGCGCUCGCGGCGGCACAGUUUACCAGUGGGGACUACGGGAGUCUUCGGGAGUGUUGGCGACUGGCAAAGGAGCAAGCUGACCGGCACACACCGCUGACUCCUGUGCCGCGACUUCAGGCCUUGCGGGAGGUGGACAGUGACCUGCUGGCAUUGCAGCCUCCGCCGGAGUUGAAGAACACAGAGGAAGAUGUGGAAGAAUUGGCAGAGGAGAGCACUUCCCAGCAGGAUGCAGAGAUCUUGCCUCUUACAGCGCAGCAAGAGCUUCCUCCGCCCGCGCCCGGCCGUCGUCACGUCCUCUCUGGAAUCCUUCGCUGGUAUCUCAACUCCCUCUCUCGGCAAAAUCGCAUGCUCGACGCAAUCGCCACCGUCACCCAAGUCCUUCAACAAGGCUACGCCCUCACCAACACGACAUGGAAUGACUUUAUCAAACUCCUGUGCGAAGAAAAGCCGCCUCUGUCAUUACUCGCCUUUGUCUUGACUGAGCGCUUCCUGACACCCAACUUCCCCGGCUGGGCGCGCAGGACCGAAUAUCCGGCGAAGCCCGCCGCCAUUGCGCUCGGCAGGCAGUACAUGAAUGCGCGCAACGUAUCGCAGCGCGCUCUGAUGCCGCAGUACGAUACCGUGGUGAUGCUCGCCGGCGCUCUGGCCCAGAUGCGCGUGUCGGAGGCGAUGGGCAGCUGGCAAAGUAGCGCGUCGGAUGUCUGGGAAGCGGAGGAGCUGGAGAAGUAUCGGGGCACUGUAGAGCAGAUCCGCACGAGAGCCCCAAUGACCUUUGCCGUUGUGCAGAGCUUGCCGAGGGUGGCGGAUAAGUUGCAGGCGGAGGCAUUGGGGGUGGAGAUGUGAAGAUGUGGGAGUCUCUACUCUUUGUACGUAUCGUGUAUUCAAGCGGUCGAAGCUGUUGUGCAUUAAGUCUGUCUGAAGUCACGACGAAAUGCAUUGUACGGUACGCUUCGUCAGUGGUCCAAUUCUGGUCAUGUCCCGAAGCGCGCAGGUGAUUGGACGUCAGGCGGCUCGCGACGGAGAGCCCGGGAUUGCCGACACCUCCGACGGAUGGAGGAGUAAGGAUGAGGGAGAACAGAGGUUC